CAGUAGUAAUAUUGAUUUUAUAAUUAAGAAAAAAGAUACCGAAGCUGACUUGGACAUUUUAUCAAUAUAUAUGUACAUAUUAAGUUAUAUAUUUAAAAGUCAUUGAUAAAACCCAAAUUAACAACUUGAAAAGUCUUUAUUUUAUUUGAAUCUUAAUUGCAUGCGACGCUAUAUUUUUUGUCUUUUUCUUCUAUGUUAUUUCAUUAAGAGUGCACCCAAAGUAAAUUACUAAUAUAAAAUUGGUAGUAAAGAUAACGAUAAAAACAAUGACCAUUAUAAUAUAUAACGAAUUAGCUUUAAAAAUUUAAGGUUUUAAUUUUUAAUAGUGAAUAUCAUUAAUAUGUGUCUACACAAAAGAUUUUAAAGUAACCUUAAAUGGUAGUUAUAUAUUAAAAAAAUAUAUAAGUGACUUCUUAUUCCGUUGUCUCAUUAACAAGUAAGACACUAAACUAACAUUUUCAAUUUGAGUCAGUAAAUUUAAUUUAUAAUUGUCUCAUAUUUGGAUAAUUAGAUUGAACUUAAGGGACGCUGGUAAAUGACAUUUUACUGACUCGAAUUUAAAAUCGUAGUUUAAUGAAAAAAACUUACGGGUCUGGUCUAGUCAUUAUGAUACCUUCGUGUCUCAGAUAAAUCUAUAAUAUGAGGGAUCUAGUUUCUCAUCUUGGAAUUUGAGUAAUGUCUGAGCUAUAAAGCUAUGUAUAUCUAUUAUAUACAAAACUUGUCCUGAUAAUAAGGAACAUAUAAAAGAAAGAAUAAUAAUUCAGUUUGGUGCAGUUUGGAAUUUAUGCGCGUAUAUACAUUUUGGCAAUUCGUUUAUAUAGUAUUUUACUAGUUUAGUUGCACUCUUAAAUUUCGUUUGUUUCCAUUCACCGGAUAUGUUAAUAAUAAAUUGGAAAAAUUUACAUACAGUUUCUAAAUUAAAUUUCAACAUCAACCUGUUACAAUUUGAGUCAAUGAGUGAACGCCAACGCCAAGUUGUUUCCAUCAUUCCGUGAAUGGAAUUAAAGUCAUUAUUACAUCACAUAAAUCAUUCAUGUUGCCUGUCUCGUUCUCACAUAUGCAUGAGAUAUAUAUAUGUCUCUGUCGGUGUAGGAGGCGGUCCACCCCCACCGCCGCCGCCGCCGAUGCCUAUGGUUGGUGGCGGGCCUCCUCCGCCCCCUCCACCGCCGAUGCCGGGCGGGAUGCGCGGCCCCCCUCCCCCGCCGAUGCCGGGCGCGCCUCCCCCGCCGCCCCCGCCCAUGAUGGGGGGGCCUCGGCCGCCGCCACCACCCGGAGGAUUUUUAGCGCCCAGAAUGCCCCAACCGGAUAUUUUACCACACGGGCUGAAGCCUAAAAAGAAGUGGGAGGUAGAAGGUCCCUUGAAACGUGCCAACUGGAAGACCAUAGUGCCACAAAAGAUGUCCGAAAAAGCGUUUUGGGUCAAAGUUCAAGAGGAUAAGUUUGCCUCGCCAGACAUCCUGUCAGGGUUGGCGCAAAAGUUUUCGAGCAAACCGAUGGCGAAGAAAAACGAGGAUGCCGUCGAUAAAGUUCACACGUUGAAAAAAGUGAAAGAUUUGAAAGUGUUAGACGGAAAAGCGGCACAGUCGUUAUCGAUAUUACUUGGUGGAUCACUGAAACACAUGUCAUACGAACAUAUCAGAACUUGUAUACUGCGAUGUGACACCGACGUGCUGACCGCUAACGUUCUAGAUCUUCUUAUACAGUACCUCCCUCCGGCGGAUCAGAUGAAGAAACUUGCCGAAUUGAAGGGCAACAGCGAGGAGUUGACUGAAGCCGAACAGUUCGCGGCCACGGUGGCUGAUGUAAAACGACUGGUGCCAAGACUGAGGAGUCUAGCGUUCAGAGAGCAUUACGCUGAAAUUAUAUCCGAAGUCAAACCGGACAUAGUGUCUGGCACAGCGGCGUGUGAAGAAGUGAAGUCGAGCGGUAAAUUCGCUCAGAUUCUAGAAUUGCUUCUACUUCUUGGAAACUACAUGAACACUGGUUCCAAUAACGCUGGCGCUUAUGGCUUCGAAAUCAGUUUUCUUACAAAGUUGACAGCGACGAAAGAUCUGGAAAACAAACAAACCCUCCUUCAUUAUUUAGUUGAAACCAUAGAGAAUAAGUUCCCAGAUGUACUCACCUUCGCCGAGGAGAUGCCACAUAUUGACAGGGCCGCUCGGGUGUCCAUGGAGAACCUUCAGAAGGCUCUGAAGAAAAUGGAGAACGAUAUACGCGCCUUGGAAACCGAUCUGAACAACUCGCGUGUUCCCCAGUGUCCCGACGAUUUGUUCCACGAGAAGAUGAGCUCGUUUGCGAAAGAGUCCCGCGAACAAUGCGACCUACUCCACUCUAUGUUUAGGAAAAUGGCCGCUCUGUAUAGCGAAUUAGCCGAAUAUUACGUGUUUGACCCCCAAAAGUAUACCUUGGAAGAGUUCUUUUCGGAUAUCAAGACCUUCAAAGACUCAUUUAUGACUGCACAUCAAGAGAAUGUUGUUUCGCGAGAAACGGAAGAGCGAGCGAAGCGAGCACGAGAAGCGCGCGCGCAAGCGGAGAGAGAGAGGAGAGACAGACAACACCGGUACAAACAACUAGUCGACAUGGAUCGUGCGCAAGACGGCGUUAUGGACAGUUUGAUGGAAGCGUUACAAAGCGGAUCGGCGUUCAGUAGAGAAAGACCGAGGAAGAAAGCUAAUCCAAGAGUUGCGGGAGCUGAGCGAAGAGCGCAGCUGAGUAGAUCCAGGUCGCGGUCGGGACUAACGGGACCCCUUACGUCGAGGGAACUUACAAACGAGCUGUUAAGCAACGCGUGAUCAUCAAAAGCUCAUAUCAAGUGAUACUAGUUUUAAAUUAAGUUUAAGUAAGUAAGUUAUACACAUUUAUAACAAUUAUAUAUAAAGACAAGCUAACAUAGUAGAGACAUUACAUCGACAUACGGUCGGAAACAAUCAAACGUUUCUCCGCCGUCAAGCUGUUCUAUCUCCUUCUGUCUUUUGGAACGAUAAAGACGAAAGUGCUUACGAAAGUGGGAGCAGCCCUGCUAUUCUGUAAAUCCGAACACGAAUUCGAAUUC